CAUGAGAGGCAACUUUCCUUUCUGAAACCCCUUUCUAAGAUUUCAAUCAAAAGCCCUCUCUUUUAUUAACACCUCUCAUGGAUUUGAAUUCUUUUUUUAAUCAAAUGGGAGAAGAUCUUUGGCAAGAUCCACUUCUCUUCACAGACGUUUCUUGGCAAGAACAGAACUUUCUUGGAAGGACGACGGAAAAAAUUCAUUGCGUGUAUCGGCAAGAACAGAGCUCCACAACGACUGAAAUGGAAAAAACCGACAAAUUGCUCCAUACCAUUGGCGACAUUUCUCAGCAAGAUCGCAGCUUAGAAAUAGCUGAAAUUGCAAAUACCGGCAUCCCUCUUCAUGAAAACAUCAACAAACAAAUAUUAGAAACAGAAAAAAUGGAAAAGGCUGGCGACCCCCUUCACGAAAAUACAAUUUACACCCAAUCAGAGCUUGGGUUUUCUCUUACAUCGCCAGAUUUGGUUAUUUGUGCUGGUUCACCUGAUAUAUCCGGCAACAAUUUUGAAGAAACACCUGAUUUGAUUAGAAAAGCCUGCCGAAGGAAUCUGAUCACAUCCGUUGAGCUCUCACUAGAAAAUGGAAUCAAUGGAUUGAGAAACAAACAGACAUCAGCUGCAACAAUAGAAGCAUUGUUUCCUGAAUUGCAAACAUCGAAUGAAAACGAGUCUUUGGAAGCUUCUCUAGAGCUUCCAGUAUUAUCAAUAGUUCCGAUUGAGAAAGAAAGAGAUGGAUUUCAAGAAAUUUCCAUGCCUGUUCUUAGUAUAAAUGUUGGAGGAAUGGGUAAAACUCUAGUUUCAGGAGGUAUUGAUUUCCAAUCAGAUGAUUUUUUCAUGGGCGGAGAUGUUAUAAGAACAGAAGCAAAGAUCGGAGGAGGAGAAGGUCUUGCUUUGUACCAAACGGCUCGAUUUGGGAACUUUUCCUAUAAGUUUCAGAGCUUGUCAGCUGGAAAGUACAUCGUUGACCUGCAUCUUGCAGAGAUCAUAUUCACGGAGGGUCCUCCAGGAAUGAGAGUUUUUGAUGUAUUUAUACAGGAGGAGAAGGUUGUUUCUGGUAUAGACAUUUAUGCUCAGGUUGGUUCUAAUCAACCUCUUGUUUUAUCUGACCUGAAAGCUUUGGUUGACAACAGCAAGGAUUUAUCUAUUAGAUUUGAAGGGGUACUCGGAACUCCCCUCGUCUGUGGUAUUUCGAUAAGGAAAGAUCCUUCCACAGGCGAGCAAUGUCAGACGCAGAUUGCAGAAAACAACAUUGUGUCAAUAAUUCAAGGGCAGGAUCAUAGAAUUUCUCAAAUAGGAGAUGGAGUACCAAUGAAAGAGGAAUGUGGCCAUUGUAAUGGCAAUGCAGAAAGAGAAGCUCAGAAGCUGAAAAGAGCUUAUGAUUCAUUGCAUAAGGAGCAAACAGAAACCAAAAGGGCUCUGGAAGAAUUCAAAAGGGAGAAUGAGCUCAAGAGCAAAGAAUGCCAUGAAGCUUGGAUGUCUCUGCAGGAGCUUCAAAAUGAGCUCAUGCGCAAGUCAAUGCAUGUUGGCUCCCUAGCUUAUGCUGUAGAAGGACAGGUGAAGGAGAAGAGCCGGUGGUUUUCGUCCCUCAGAGAAUUGAGUGAGAAAUUCAAGAUUCUGAAGAUACAGCACCUCAAGCUAUCAGAUGAAGCAUUGGAAUGUAAGAAGUGCCUCAGUGAUAUGACCCAUAUGACUGCUGCCAUUCAAUCCAUUGUGAAUCAACGUGUGGAUUUGGAAAGGGAACACGAGGAUCUCAAACUCAAAUUCGUUGAAGGGGCAAAGGAACGGAAAGAACUGUAUAAUAAGGUUUUGGAGCUGAAAGGAAACAUAAGAGUCUUUUGCAGAUGUCGACCUUUGAAUGCAGAAGAAAUAGCGUUAGGUGCUUCAAUGUCAAUUGAUUUUGAAUCUGCAAAAGAUGGCGAACUUACUGUAAAAGCCAAUGGAGCACCUAAGAAGGUCUUCAAGUUCGACUCUGUAUUCAGCCCACAAGUAGAUCAAGCUGAUGUUUUUGAAGACACUGCACCCUUUGCGACAUCGGUUUUGGAUGGAUUCAAUGUCUGCAUAUUUGCUUAUGGCCAGACGGGAACUGGGAAGACAUUCACGAUGGAGGGCACUGAAGUAGCUCGUGGGGUCAACUACAGGACUCUUGAGGAGCUGUUCCGGAUCAUUAGAGAACGACAGGGUCUCUUCCGAUAUGAAAUCUCCGUAAGCGUGUUAGAAGUCUAUAACGAGCAAAUACGUGAUUUACUCGCAUCUGCUUCUCAGCCUGGAGUGGCUGCAAGGAGGCUUGAAAUAAGGCAAGUUGCAGAAGGAGUUCAUCACGUUCCAGGACUAGUAGAAGCCCAUGUAAACAAUACCAAUGAGGUAUGGGAUGUUCUACAAACAGGCAGCAAUGCAAGAGCAGUGGGCUCAACCAAUGCAAAUGAGCACAGCAGUCGAUCGCACUGCAUUCAUUGUGUGAUGGUGAGGGGGGAGAACCUGAUGAAUGGAGAAUGCAUGAGAAGUAAAUUAUGGCUGGUUGAUCUAGCUGGAAGUGAGAGAAUAGCGAAGACGGAAGUUCAAGGGGAGCGACUGAAGGAAACACAGAACAUUAACAGAUCUCUUUCUGCACUUGGCGAUGUGAUAUCUGCUCUUGCGACUAAAAGUCCACAUAUCCCCUUCAGGAAUUCCAAGCUUACUCACUUGCUGCAAGACUCUCUAGGAGGAGAUUCAAAGACGCUGAUGUUUGUGCAGAUCAGCCCCAAUGAGAAUGAUGUGAGUGAGACUCUGUGCUCUCUCAACUUUGCAAGCAGAGUGAGGGGAGUGGAGUUGGGCCCUGCCAAGAAGAACUUCGAUAUCAGUGAGCUUUCCAGACAAAAGCAGCUGGUUGAGAAGGCAAAGCAAGAUAUUAAGAGCAAGGACAUGCAUAUUAAGAGGAUGGAAGAGAGCAUUUACGGUCUAGAAUUGAAGAUGAAGGCAAGAGAUAUGAGCAAUAAAAACCUACAAGACAAGGUGAAGGAGUUGGAAUCACAGCUCCUGAUAGAGAGAAAACUAGCAAGGCAGCAUGUUGACACAAAAAUAGCAGAACAGCAGCAGCAGCAGCAGCAGCAGCAGCAAGAAGAACAGCACGUAUCAUCAAUGAAGCCCCCGCUUGUGGCCCGGCAGCUUGGAAACCAUAAACAUGCCACAGAACCAGCAACAGCUUUAGCAAAGGACUUGGUAAAUGUCAUUCGACCACUUACAGAGAACAACAGCAACAAAUUACAUCUGUCGCCCCCACCAGACAACAAUAGCGUUCUCAGGUGCAACAAAUCACAUAUGUCGCCCCCACCAGACAACAACAGCGUUCUCAAGUGCAACAAAACACAGAAAGAAAACAAGCCCGAGAUGCCCGAACAACCGUCAGUCCCAGCACGGACCGGCAGAGCAUCCAUCUGCACGACUGCACGGCGGGUCCCGAUAAUUCCAGCCCCUCGACGUAACUCACUCAUUCCAUUCCCCGCAGCAGUGGCACUACAGCCAUUACCGGACCCCACCACUAUUUCACCGCCAUUGCCACCUCUGCCGCUCCUGGCAGAUCCCAUCAAAGAAGAAACUGAAAAUAACUGUCCAGAGCCAACACCUUGGAGCUGCUCCAAGGGGCCAAGAAGUAGUAAGAAAAUAAGCAACAUUUUGAGGCGGAGCGUUCAGAAAAAAGUGUACAUAUCCCCACUGCAUCAUCACAUCAGAAGGGGUGGCGGGCCACAUGGCGGGACAGAAAAGGUGAGGAUCUCAAUUGGGAGCCGAGGAAGGCUGGCGCAGAGAGUGCUGGUCAGCAAUGCUAACAAGGUAAAGGAAGGGCAACAGAAGCUGCAACCGAAAGAUAAAGAGAGAGGGUGGAAUAAUGCAACAACUGUGAAAGGUGUUUUUUGAAGUGUUUGAAACUCUUCUGUGUGUUUGUGUACAAAAUUACUGACUUGAAAAGUUUCAUUGCCUUGAUCAAGAGAGCAUUGUGGAUUGAUCUGGGUCUUUUUUCAGGACUAGAAGAUCUGGGCCAUUAAUGGUUUGUUAUUGAUUCAUGGAUGUAAAUGUAGCGUUAUUUGCUCAAUUAUACAUCCAUUAAUUAAACACGUGUUUAUAUGGA